AUCUGCCGCAAUAUAAAGAUGUUGUACCAUUCCUGCGAAUCUAGACCUCAGGGAUAUAAUAUCCGCUUAAUUUGACGUCUCCCUUUUCUUUCACCCCCGAACUUAUAUUAGCCGAGCCCCAGCGACAGGCUCACAUCCAUGUCUACGAUGGAACCCAUCUUCCCGAUAUAGCAUCGAGAUAAUAUAUAGCUACCUCAUUUGUGUGAUAAUAUCCCACCCUCGCUAUUUGACCGCAUGUAUUUAGCUGGACCGAGGUAGCCUGGACCUCGUGGGAGGUGACGCGGUAAUAUGGAUCAGCUAGUUUUUGCAACCCUAUAAGCUGCCUACUAAUGUGAGGGGCGACGUGAUGUGAAAUAUUCUUAUAUCUCUUAACCCCCCAUAUUAUCAUCCCAGGAAAUCGAUCCUCUAUAGCAAAGAGCAGCGAUUGUAUGAUCUAUCCAUUCUCAAACGUGUGAACCCCAGAAGCAGUACAAUAAUACGAAGCGAGAGAGAAAAAUGAGGAAGACAUUUCUUCUCCCUCUGCUAGCGCUAUGCAGCAGCGCCUUAGCAGCCCUCAACGUCACAGGCUCAACAUGUACGGUGACACCAUUGACCGAGGGCACGAACGGGAAAGAGCCGGACGACACGCCGCAGAUCAAGGAAGCGUUCGCAACGUGCGGAAAGAACGGCAAGAUAAUCCUGACCGAGGGCCUAUUCCACAUGGGACAGGUGAUGGACAUCAAGGACUUGGACCAUCUCGACAUGGAGAUCCACGGCACGCUGCGAUGGUCCUCGGAUAUCCAGUAUUGGCUGCGCAAUAGCAUCGGGGUCGAGUACGCGCAGCGCUCGACGGCCUGGCGCAUGGGCGGCCAGGAUAUCAGCAUCCGCGGGUUUGGUAAGGCGCUGUUCGAUGGCCAGGGCCAGCUUUGGUACGAUCAGAACCGUGGGGGGAGUAACCAGAUGGGACGGCCGAUCAGCUUUACCCUGUGGCACGCGAAGAACGUCUAUAUCGAUGGGAUCACUUGGCGGCAGAGUCAAUUCUGGCACACAUUCGUCGCGUAUAGCGAGAACAUCACGAUGACGAACCUAGACAUGAAUUCGACGAGCAACAGCCAAUGGAACACAGUCAACACAGACGGCAUCGACACCUGGAACUCGAAGGAUGUGUUCCUAACCAACUGGACCGUAACCUGCGGCGAUGACUGCAUAUCCGCCAAAGGCAACAGCACCAACAUCAUCGCGCGCAACGUGCACUGCUACGAGUCGGGGUGCGCCGUCGUCGGAUCUCUCGGUAACAACCCCGGCGGCGCGCCCGACAUCGUCGAGAACGUGAUCUUCGACAACUUCACGUGCACGCACUCGUCGAACUCGGCGUGGGUGAAGACGUACAGCGGGUCGGGGCGGGUGCGGAACAUCACCUUCUCGAACAUCGUGUCCGAGAACGUCAACCAGCCCAUCUACGUCACCUCCUGCAUCUACUCCAACAACGGCUGCGACACCAGCCGCCUCCCCAUCAACGACGUGCGCUGGAUCAACAUCACGGGCACCAGUCGCUACAAUAUCGCGUCGGCCAUCCACUGCCCCGCGUCGAACCCGUGCUCCGGCUUUUCGUUCGAGAAUGUUGAUAUAAAGCCCCUUGAUGGCACUAGCACGCCGAAGUACCUCUGCAGCAACAUCCAGGGCCAGGACCAGACGGGGAUCCCUUGCACGGGGACGUGCCCGGCGGGGUGGCCGCAGCAGCUUGAGGGUAAUCGCUAAGUGGGAGCGAGGAGGUAGUACGAUGACAUGAGACCCCGAGUGGCAUAGGAAGGGGAAAGGGGGUUGGAAAGUACCUACCUACCUACCUAGGUACAUAUGGCCUUAAGGCAGAAAAUAAAGUACAAACCAUCAAGCACAAAAUGAACAGUCACAAAUCAGGGGUAAACAAGAAAUGACUUCUUACUUUCAAUAUUGUCUUGGUCAAUUGAAUUCGAUCAUACCGAGCCUUAAACUGAGUACAUCCAUACCCUAGUAGGCUACCUAUGCAGAUAUCUUACCAACCUACCACCUAGGUCAAGUUCGAACCUGGAAGGCUUAAUAUCCAUUCCAUAACUCAUUUCUCGUCACGAUGCUUUUUUGCCUCCCCC